AUGAACGAAUCAUACGACAUACCGAGUGAGCCGCGUCUCUCCAGUACGCUUCAUCUGACUCGACCAACACCACGAUCCCGAACAAAAAUGACAUUAAGAAAGCGAUUACCGCCAACACCACCUGAUUCCACACCUAUCUCUCUUGGUCUAGAUGAUACCGUUCCCCUCGAUGAACCGCCUAAUAUCACGAGUGCUAACACAUAUUCGACUUGCCAAUCAACCGAUCAACAUUCCGCUUCAUAUGUGAAUCAAUUGACUCCAUCCAAUCAUUCGGAUAAUGAUGAUUUCUAUGUGAUACCACGUGAAGAACAUCUUCCAAUGUGUGAUACUUCGAAUGCUACCAUCACAGACGCCAAUUCAUCGACUCCACCAAACGGCUCAGACUCUGCCCAAUUCUACGCCAGUCCGCCAACGUUCGCUAAAAAUUUCACACUCGAGUCCAAUUUGUCAUUUGACGACAGUGAAGAUAUUCCGAACGUUUCACUUGAUGCUGUACCUGAUGUUUUAAAUGACAACACGUCAGCUAACAAUGAAAUCUAUUACUCAUAUCCAACGCAACAAACUACUACACAACGUGAAAAACUUGUAAAUACGACUGAAGAAAAAGAUCUGUUCCUUUCUAAAUUGAAUCGUGUCAUUCAACAGCAAAUCACUACUCAACAACAAUCGUCGAGAACACUUAAAAAGGACGACGGCAAAAACUAUUAUUCAAUCGAACCAGUAGAAGAUAAACAACCACUUGUUUCUUCACUAGCUGACGAUUAUUCGAAUCUAUCGCUCGAGAAUGGUCACGUUCCAAUUCGACGAAAUAAAACGUCCGACUGUCUCGAUAUUGUUCGACAGAAUCUGACUAACACGCGAUGUGCAGAUUGCGACGAAGAUCAUCCAACUAUUGCUAUCGCCUCAUGGCUAUUAGUCAUAUGUGACAAAUGUGCCGCUGUUCAUCGCUUGUUGACAUCCGAUUUUCUCUCUUUGCAAUCUCUCUUGAGUACAACAUGCGAUUCUGAUUUGAUUGAUCUGCUACACGAUUACGGCAAUCAUUAUUUCAACAAAUUGUUGGAAAAUCAGCUGUUAGGAGUAUUGAAACCAACGUGUUUAGCCACACAGUCCGAACGCGAACAGUACAUACGAAAAAAGUACAUCGAUAGACUUUAUCUCCAACCAUUACAAAUCAACAAUCGAAAUGCAUUCACUCAAGAUGAACUGAAUGCAAUGCUUUAUGAAAAUGUUGAAACACCCGAUUGCGGGAAAACGGUGCAUUUGAUCAUGCUAGGAGCAAAUCCAAAUUUCUCACAGAAAAUGUUCGCGGUAGCCGAUCAUGCAAAACGACAUCAGCAGACGAAACAAAUGAAAAUUAUUCUUGCCAACGGAGGUUUAUCUGAAUUUGAUUUGAUGAAAAAUGAUGUUGAUGAUGCAAACCUUCCACCCUACGAAGCAAAUGUUCAUUUAGUAACCAAACAUGGUAUUCUAAAGGAAAUUCUCACCCGAUGCGAGACCGACCGUGUGAAAAUCUAUUCGCUUCCAAAUACGAUGGACAAGCCUCAUCAUCAUCAACCAGUAGUCGCUCGGUAUUUAUUUGAAAUCGAUCUCAAUAAUGUUCUCGCCAUUUGUAAUGAUUCCGUCAAUUCCAUUUCACUAAAAUCUCGUUCAACAAAUCUGCCGACGUUGAACAUCAAUAGUCAAUGUAUCUUGAUUGUCGACGAACAGGCGUCAUUUAAUGAAUAUUUCUGGAUAUUUCCUAAUGAACUCGAACGCGCAUUGUGGAUCCGAGAAUUAUUAAAACGACAAUAUUCUUACCAUCAGUUAAUUUAUUCCGACUUCAUUCUUCUGACGAAGCUGAAUGUUCAAGAGGGCAUCAAUGCGGAAAAACAACAAGCCAUCGCUGUCGUUUAUCCAGGGCGAUUUGUUAUCUGUUCAGACACAAUUUUCGACGAAGUUGACUUGAGAAAAUACUGCAGUUUAACUUAUCAAAAGAGUCAAGAAUUCGUUGGUGUGGUUCUUUGUCUUGUCUCCAAUCGUUUUCUAUACUUAUCCUCGCCGAUAUCCAAGCUAACUGAUAUGUUAUAUUCAUGUCUACGCGAGGCAACUAAAGUGAAAACUAUAACAGACUUGAAUCGUCAAAUUUUAACCUCGCAAAAUGUACCCGUUCUUGUAGAAAGGUUUAUUAAUUUCAUUUUUGAACAUGGGUUAGAGAGUAAAGGUAUCUAUCGUCAAGCAGGCCAGGAAACAAAAAUAAAACAAUUGCUUAAUGAAUUUCUUGAAGAUCCCUUUAAUACGUCGUUGACACGAGAAAAUUAUACAGAACAUGACGUUGCUAAUGGUUUGAAACGUUUCCUUCGUCAAUUAGAAACUCCGCUGUUGGGUACGCGCCAAAAUUAUGACGCAUGGCUACGUUCAACAGUCGAUCCAAGUAUCACGCCUGAACAACUCAUUCAAUACUAUCGCGGUCUCCUUGUCGAUUUGAAACAACAUCAUCCGGUUCAUUAUGCAACGUUAAGAAAAAUGUUGGUACAUAUCCAGACUGUCUCAAUGCUCUCCGAUAAGAAUUCGAUGAUUUUAUCGAAUCUUGUGUCGACGUUCGCACCAUGUAUUAUCUCGCAACCACUCGCACCACCACAAGCGUCGACACAAGCAACUAAUUCAUAUGCAAACGAUCCACGCGAUCAACAUGGAAUGUCACUGGAUGAUAUGGACAUGAGGUAUCCAAAAACUCAAGACGAUAACGGCUUUUUGCUUGAUAGUGAAGCUCAAGAUUCAGUUGGACAAUUGAUAAACACAUCAUCACCGGCUAAACUGAAACGAAAUCAAUCACUGCAAUCUCAUCGUCUUUCCAUGAUAUCGACAUCUCCUCCAUCACGAUUUCCAUUGUCGUCAUCUUAUGCACGUGUAACUCCAUCGAUUCAAGCUGAUCUCGAAAUUAUGAAUAAUCUCUGUCAAUACUAUCGUGAGUUGUUCAAUAUCAGUCCUGAAGAAAUCGAACACGAAAAAAAAUGUGUGGAAACCCUAAUUUCACUUCGCAACAAUCAAUGUCAACCACGUAAACUAAAUGGCACAAUGGUUUCUGUUUAUUUUGAGUCUCGUGCGGACGAAUUAAAUGGUUAUGCAAUUAACAUCCUCGAACAAGAAACAACAGCGGAGAUUGUUAUUGACAAAAUCUUAAAACAAAUACAUAAACACGAUUGUUUCUUUUGGGCACUGUUUGAAGUGAUUAUCGAUCAAAAUCUUGAACGACCGAUGUAUUCAUCGGAAAACGUCUCCAAUGUUUUACAUCGUUAUCGAACGUACUUACCACAAGAACUGAAUCGCCAAGCGACAUUUGUUGUGAAAUUGAACUAUGUACAAUUUGAAAAAGAACGGUUGCAACAAACACUAUCAAAUGAUUUAUCGGCUACUGAAUGUGAAUAUUUCGAUUCUGUUAGUAAACGCUGGUUACCAUGUAUCUGGGCAUGUGAGAAACGAAAUCUCCAAAUUCAUCGAUUACCGAAUGAAAAGUCCGCGAAAUGGAAAUCCCGUUUUACGAAUUCAUCCACACAAAACAGUCUCCAACGAAAAGAUUCCUUAUUUACUUCGAAUACACUCUUAUCCGAUCAGCAAAUGCCUAUCUUCUCCUGGUUUGUCGAGGAUCUAUACGCAUACAUUGGUGCUGAUCGUCGUUUCGUUACUCCAUUUGACAUGAACGAAUAUCGAACGUUAACACUCUUACACAUCGAUUCCAUCAAUGAAUCAACAUUUGGCAUAGCUUUUCGUUUUGUCGAUCGUCAUCAAAUGUUUACUAGAUAUCUGGAAUUGGUUUGUCAUAACGGACACAGUCAAUGGACAAGAGACGCAUCUCAUACGAUUCCAGACGGUGUCAAUUAUUUACCAUUGCAAAAUUACCAUACGCCAUCGACAUUGUUGACAUCAUCGAGAAAAAAAUAUGAAACUACGCUAUUUUCAUUCCAAAUAACAAAUCUAAUAUCUUAUGUAAAUACAAUCGAUAUUCAUUGUUCCUACCAAUAUUUAAAUCAACUAUGUUUCCUGCACAUAACUAUUCCACAAUACGAAAGACUCGAUCGAGACAUCGAACAUCGAAACGAAAGCAACGUCAAUACGCAAGUAGGCCAACUCAUUGCAUAA